CAUAUAAACUGUAUAACGCAUAUAAUCUGGUAUACUGGAAGCAGCUGUAUCUGAUAUCUGGAUAACUAGCUUACAAUAUGUUUUCUUUUGAGUGCGUCCAGAAUAAGUAACAGUAUGCCGAGCAAGAGACGACCUAAUAAAAACAACAAAACCACCUCCUUUACCUGAUUUACGGCAAUGUCGACUGUCUACCUGUACGACGGGCCGGGAGCGGAUGAUGGUGAUAGUGAGAUAAUUGUCAGAUCUCUACAGAAGAGCCUAAAACCAACAGUCUAUUCCAUCAGCAAGAUAUCCCCUGGCGAUAUCAUUCAAGGAAAUUGGACCAGCACUGCUGCUGCUUUCAUCAUGCCGGGUGGCUUUGACAGAGGGUUCAUCGACGCACUCGGAGAUUCUGGUGCCACCGUGAUAAGGGAUUAUGUCCGGAAUGGCGGGUCGUAUCUUGGAUUGGGUGCAGGCUCAUACUACGCCUGUGACAAUAUCGAAUUUGACAGAGGAGGCCCAAAUGAGGUCAUAGGGGAUCGUCCACUGAAAUUCUUCCCAGGUAGUGGAAUAGGACCUGCUUAUGGUCCCUUCAGCUAUGAAGAUGAAAGAGGUGCACGCGCAGCCGCAGUAGACUUCUACCAAAAAUCAGAACCUGGGAGCAUAUCCAGUAAGAUUUACUUCAAUGGAGGCAAUCUCUUUGUCCCGCACAGCAAGGAAUCUAGUAAACUGGGAAACGACACAUCUUCUGGCGUUUCCAUGGAAACCUUUGAGUCUUUGGGUAUUUACUCUGGACUUCCAUCACAGCCCUUAGCAAUCGUCAAAUGCAAAGUUGGAACUGGUGUAGCUGUCUUGAGCGGAGUUCAGUUGGAGUUCCGGAGCUCGGAUCUGGAUGGAAGCAAUCCGUAUUUGAAAGAUAUUAAAAAGGAGCUCGAAUCAUACGACGUCACCAAUAAUAAGUUGUGGUGCUCUGCUCUUCAGGAAAAUGGGAUUAGAAGUGAUUGUCUAAGUAAGAACAGAGACACACGGUUGGUUAUGAGGUCCUGGAAUGCGAUUUUGUCGAAGAGUUUCAAUUUGUCGGGAUUAGUUAAGCAGUAUAUACACAUACAAACUUAAACACAUACUCAGUAGUGUAGAUGUCUCGCUAAGGUUUUAUUAUUUUAUGUCAUUUUUUAAACCCUUGUACCAUGGAAUAAGUUGGUUGAAGUAUUGAUAAUACCAAUUAAGCGAAAAUAUUUUAUAUAUUAAUAGAUUCUAGCAAGACUGAAUGAUGUAGUCAAAACCAUAUAUGAAAGAUUCGAAGCCAAUUAUACGAGGUUGUAAGUAGAGUGCUGAACUUCUAAAAUCUCCUCCCGAAGAUUGAUUAUCAUUUCGCCUGUAGGGCAUAAUUAUUCCACCUGCCAGGCAUAAGAACAGCUUCUAGCAGUUUAAGUCUGAGAAAAAUAGAGAAGCAUUCCUUGAUACUAUGAUGACGUAAUCUAAGAUUUUUCUGAAUAAGAAGAGUCAGCUUCUUUUUCUAUGUAAGUAAGGCCUUCUCAAUGCUUCCCUCAUUCGCUUCAUAUUUAUGAUGACAUCAGUAUUAAAGAAACAGUUUUGAGAUAACCAUAAAUAAUUGAUCUAAGUGUUGCAAAUUUUAUCAUCUUUGAAGUUUAAUUCAAAUAAUUGAAAGCAUGCUUAUUCUGUAGUUCUCGAGGAGACCAAUAUUACUAUUAUCCGAUUUCUCCGUGGAUCGAAUUUCUAUAUGUAACUCUCAACAUUUUCAGGAUUGGUAAAAUCGUGAAAAAUAAUCAAUACGGAAAAUACAAUCAAUAAAAAAAAGCAUGGCCACUUUCAUAGUACUAAUACCUCCUUUUUACUUUUUCUAAAAUCGCCUUGUUUACAUGCAUGUUAGAACAUUUUGAAGCUAUGCAUUGAACAAAAUCGCUUAAGAAGAUGCAAACUGACAUUUAUUGUUUCCCUGUACUAAUUUUAUAUGAUAGAAUAAUUUUUAUUUCUUAUAUACAACAAUACAGAUUAUCACAGUAUCAAGGCCAAUUCUUUCAAGGCUUAGCAGUUUAAUAGCUCGAUUGAAAUGGCCAAGAUGUUGCGAUUUUAUACAGACAUACACUUCAGGUCAAUGGAUUAAUUAGUCGAUUGAUGGCAUAAAAAGUAUUCCUGAAUAUAUUGUAUGUACAUAUAUAAAUUUAAUUCUUAAAUCGGAUAUAAUGAUGGAAUAUGGGCAGUAUUUUUUGGACUUUUUAAAAUUGUCAGACUUGAUCACAUUAAGAUACAUGAUGAUUACUAAAAUUUCUAGUGAUAUCAAUAUUUUUCGUUUCGUACGAUCGAUUCUUAAAUAUUGUUUCUGACGUACGGCGGAAAGAGAUUAUUUAAGCAUUGAACUGCUUUCAUUUGGAUCUGCACUAUUUAUUUUUAUUGUUUUGUUGUUGUUUUUUUGCGCUACAACUAAUACUUGUGCUUAGUUUGAAAAUUACGCCUCUUUUAUCGUUAUGACGAUGUUGUUUAUUUCUUAUUUGAGAUUUCCCUACGUUGCUUGGUUUUACCUGUAAUUGUAUUGGCAUAUUGAUUAAAAUAUAACUAAAAUAA